GACAAAUUCUUCGUCCUGAAAUCACAUGGAAAUCCGAACUGCGCAUGCGUCAGGUCAAAUUAAACUUUUUGCGCGAACUUGAGAUUGGAUAACACAGCAAUUUUGUUCUAAAAUCACAUUCUCACAAACCACAAAUAUGUUUGGGAUAUAAGCCAUUAUCAGAUCUUAACGGGAGUGCGCCGUUCCCGGACUCUCCAAGAGGCACGAUGUCGGACAUUAUGACGGGGGAGCGCACAUUAAGCGCAGUGCUGAGUGAACACCCAGGAGAAUUAGUUCGCACAGGGAGCCCCAACUUGGUUUGCUCCGUCCUCCCAUCACAUUGGCGAUCCAACAAAACACUUCCAGUGCCAUUUAAGAUCGUGGCCCUGGGUGAAGUUCCGGAUGGUACAAAGGUCACAAUCAGCGCAGGGAAUGAUGAAAACUAUUGCGCUGAACUUAGAAACUACACCGCCGUUAUGAAGAAUCAAGUUGCGAAGUUCAAUGAUUUGAGAUUUGUUGGAAGAAGUGGAAGAGGAAAAAGUUUCAACCUUUCAAUCACAGUCUCCAGUUUUCCCCCACAGAUGGCACUGUACCAAAAGGCCAUAAAAGUCACAGUUGAUGGACCCCGUGAACCAAGAAGCAAAACAAAAUUACGUACAGAUGACAGACGUAUCCCUCCUAGACCUCACCCCCUAAAUGUACCCAUAGACAGAGGACUCGGAGACCCCUUAGCAGAUAGACGAUUUUCAACACAUCUAGCGGAAUUAGAACAAUUGCGUAGAACGACACAGAUGGAGACGCAGCAUAUGCACGGUCUCGCUGUGAAAGAUCCCAUCAAUACUUUUGCUCACAGUACUCAUCAUGAAGCAGCAGUCCCGACCCCUAUGCCACAUGGACAAUGGGGUGGAGAUGCAUUCCAGUCGUCAACAUUCCCGCGUGCCCCACCUCCCUCCGUCACUUCACAUCUUCAUGGUCUCACUUCAGAUUUGCCUCUACUCCAGACACAAGGUGGGUCUCCUCCCAGAGCAGAUAGUCUCUUAGAAUCUCGACUCCCCAUGUUACCUGGUGGACCAGAAGUGACGCAAGUAUCCUCCACCCAGCCUGAUCUCGGCCUCUCUGGGGAUAGACAAUUAGCGUUACUUGGCUCCGGCAAUGAAAUGUCCCAAAAUCCCCGCCUACAUCUUGAUGCUCGCAUUCAAAGCAUGGACCAAUUAAUGGGGCCCAGAUUUCCCAGUUUAGGGUCUGAUAUUCGCUAUCCUGGUGGUAGUCAACUGUUGCCGACAUCGCCAACAAGUCUACAAUAUGGUGCCAACAACAAUAUGACGAUUCUAGGUGAAAGUCGGGCACUGUCAUCUCUAUCUAACGUCAUCACAGGAAGCCAAAGCUACCAGUUGUCUCCACAUGGACUCUCAGAAACCAGUAAUCUAUUUAGCGUGCCAUCCACUACUGGGAGUUUUAAUACAAGUCCCUCUGCCGUGCUAUCCACCACUUUUUUAUACCCACAUUUAUACAGCCCUGGUACAGCUAAUCAAUAUAACAGUGGUCUAUACCUACAUGGUAGCAGUGAUCUCAGAACUUAUGAACUAUUAGGAGGCCAGAGUGGCACCACUGGCAACCAGACCAGGGAUGCCUCAGCCACGGGAAAUCAAUCAAGAAUGUUGACCCCGCCUCAACAACAACAGCAACAGCAACAACAAUCUAUUGCUAACACUAUAACCCCACCCCCAUCCCGGCCAGCCUUCAAGCUAGAAGACACAGCCAUGCAGUACAGUCGCACUGAUUCAUCAACCAAUCAGCAAGCUCCACCUGUGCAUCAACUGAGACAAGAUGAUUUGAGCCUGCCCCUCACACCUCCUCAAAUCCACCGCACCCUGACACCCCCAAACAUGGGGCUGCCCCAGGGCCAACAACAGCAACAACAGCAAACACAGCAACAGGAACAGAAACAUUCAAACCAACAGGGGUUUCAGCCACUACAGCCUCAGAAUGGCGAUAAUGGAUCAGUUUGGCGACCUUAUUGACUAUUAUUUGGUCACUGAUUGAAUUCCACCUGAGGCUUGGCAGCCGUGACAGCAUCCAUUGGGUGAAGACUUGCCCUAGUGGUAGAAGCAUGUGACACCAAUCACUUGUGACUCACUGAAAAUUCACUUGUGACAAACAAUGACAUCACUUAUGACAACCUAGUCCAUCACUUAUGAUUCACAACAGGAUCACUUGUGACAAACUAGAAGAUGCACGGGUGAACAAACUGAUAAGUUUCUACUAUGUUGGGCAUCUGCAGAUGCAGGGGUCUUCGUGGCAUCACCCUGGGUAUGAGAUGAGAUUGCAUGCAGAACUAGAGUUCAGGAGAGAACCUAUAUGUGUCUCUGUAGCUUAUGUACAUUUCAAAAUUGUGAUUUUUUGAAAUAUUUUGUAUGAUUUAUUUUUGAAAGAGAGAGUAUGGGUGUAGUUUUUGGCGGCCAAUUACCUAGCUAACUGAGGAAUAAAGACUUCUAUUGACGCAAAGGGAAAUCUUCUUGCCCUUUAGUGCCAAUCCGCUCACAAUUAGGAAUACGUAGACACACACCAUAUUUUGCUCAAAGACACCUUCUUUAGAAGAAAUCUGUACCACUUUGAGAGUAGAUUAGGAUCUUGAACAAUUUCCCACUCUUAUUAUGAGGAGUGUACUAUAUAUAGGGUCAGACCUGAGCUUAUGAUUCAAUACUUGUUAAUGGGAAAACACAUUUUGAACUAUUUAUUCUUUAACCUGUAUUUAUUAUGUGUUUUCUUUGAUCUCAUGUUGGAGAAUUUCCUCAUACACUCAAGUAUUAUAUGGUUUUAGUAUUGAAUACUAGAAUACUAUUGAGUACUGUACCACUAUUGAGUACUUUAAAACUAAGUACUCAGACAUCUUUACAAUACUAUAUUAUUUGAUUCAAGAACUUGUAUAUUUUGUAGGCAUCUCGCAAACAAAUGCUUUUAGUUAGUUAUAUUAAUCGAAAACACAUAUCAGAGUGUUCAGUGAAAACACCCAAACACCCUAAGAGGGCAAACAGCAUGACUGAUUUUGUAGAAAUUGGGUUAUAUAUCCAAAACUAGAUAAUGGACACCAUUAGAAGAUUUAAGUUUCGGUAUAGACAGAAUGAUGUCAUACUUCAAUUUUCAAAAGUGUCUUAUUUUUAUGAGUAGUUGUGAUUUUUUAUAUAAAACAAGUUAAUUGUUCAAAGUUAGAAUGUCUUUGAACUGUCUUCAAUUUUACUCAUAUGGUCACAUAUUAAUGUAAUUUAUGAAUUGAGAGACUUUACGCAUACAUAAGCAUUAUCUCAUGUUGAGGAUUAGAUAUGGAUUAUAUCUAAAGGAAAAUAUCAGUAUAUUUAACCACCUUAGAGAAUUGCAUUGAAAAUCAGAUGGAGUGAAUUUGAGAUUUGCCAUUUCUGUAUAACACAGAUGCAUCUCAAUAACUCCUCUAUCCCAUAAUAUAUCCCAUAAUAUUUGACAUAACCAUACUAGAUUACUGUACAGGCAAGCACUAAAGGCUAUCACAUUUUAUGUAGAAAAUGCACUAAAAUCAAAAACCAAUAGCUUGUGUGUACCUCUUAAAAAUAAUUUCAUGAUUUUAAAAUGAUUAGAUCUUGUGAUCUUGUGGCUCUCGAACUACACAAAGCAAAACAAGACAAGUUAAAUAUUUGACUAAUCUUUUGCUUCCGUUUUGAGAUGCUAAUGAGAACUCUGGGUAAUCAAAACCCAGAAUUUUAGACAAUAAAAUCGUAAUUUCAGUCGUGAUUUCAUUUUUUAGAGAAACACUAUUGGGUAAAAUUAACAUACAGCAAAAACCAAAGGAAAUUGGGUGGAGGGACUGUUAAACCUUUGCAUCUAAAACCACUUGCUUCAAACGCCUCUUGAGUACACUCUCAUAGGGAUACAAUAUUAUAAUAGGCAGGGCAAGCAAGCUUCAUAUAACUAAAACAGUGUGACUAGAAUAUCCACUGGUUUGCUUGUAUAGUUUGGCACACUAAUUUAGGAAAAUAUUUCGAAUGUAACUCAUACGAGGAAAAUGUUGCAAUUUGAAAUUUAAUUGUAUUUUUGUGGAUUCAUAAUUUCUCAAUUUUGAGAAUUUUAAAUGUUUGUACAGUUUUACUUAACUCAGUAUACCAUAUGAUAUUAUACUCCAAGUUGAUGUGAAAUUACUACCUUAAGUAUGUAUGCAUAGUACUGGAUGUAGAUGUUAUUUAAUGUUAUCUUACCUAUUACAUGGUUUAACCAAAAAGUAAUUUUCAAUGUGUUUUAAAGUUACAUGGUGCUUCGCUUGUAGACAUUGUAAUAUCCAAGUCUUUUGACUUAACAUGGGCAUCACACUACAGUAUUUUGUGAGGGAAUGUAUGGUAGCUAUUACCACUUAUUAAGGUGGGACUGGGG